GAAGGGGGGCGGGACAGUCUCCCUCUCCUCCUACUCAGCUGGCUCCAGGGGAAAAGCAACAGUGUCCUCGCCAGCCUGAGGCUGCCGCGGCCCACUUGGCCAAAGGGGCCGGUGUCCCCCAACUCCGCACAAGGAGCUCUGGCGCCCUUGGACCAUGGAUACUCUCAGUAGGAACCAGCUAGGUCCUGGGUACAAGACCCAGGCUGUAGUGCAGAAAGGGCCAUUGGAUCUGAUUGAGACGGGUCAAGGACUGAAAGUGCAGACAGACAAACCUCAUCUGGUGAGUCUGGGCAGCGGGAGACUCAGCACCGCCAUCACUCUCCUGCCUCUGGAGGAAGGGAGGACAGUGAUUGGUUCUGCAGCCAGGGACAUCUCACUGCAGGGCCCAGGCCUGGCUCCAGAACACUGCUACAUCGAGAAUCUGCGGGGCACUCUCACCCUGUACCCUUGUGGCAAUGCCUGCACAAUUGAUGGGCUCCCUGUUCGGCAGCCUACCCGGCUCACUCAGGGCUGCAUGUUGUGUCUGGGUCAAUCCACCUUCCUGCGCUUUAACCACCCAGCUGAAGCCAAGUGGAUGAAGAGUAUGAUUCCAGCAGGGGCCCGGGCCCCAGGGUCCACCUACAACCCUGGCUCUGCUGAAUCAGAGAGCUUGGUCAAUGGGAACCACACAGCACAGCCUGCAACCCGGGCACCCUCAGCCUGUGCCAGCCACAGUUCUCUGGUGAGCUCUAUUGAAAAGGACCUGCAGGAAAUCAUGGACUCAUUGGUGCUAGAGGAACCUGGAGCUGCCGGCAAGAAGCCUGCAGCGACAUCCCCGUUGUCGCCAAUGGCUAACGGCGGGCGCUACCUGUUGUCCCCUCCAACCAGCCCUGGUGCCAUGUCUGUGGGCUCUAGCUAUGAGAACACCUCUCCAGCCUUCUCUCCACUUUCCUCACCAGCCAGCAGUGGAAGCUGUGCUAGCCACUCACCAAGUGGGCAGGAACCAGGACCUUCUGUGCCCCCACUGGUGCCUGCCCGUUCCUCCAGCUACCAUUUGGCUCUGCAACCUCCACAGUCUCGCCCAAGUGGUUCCCGCUCCUCUGAAAGUCCCCGGCUGGGCAGAAAAGGGGGUCAUGAGAGACCUUCCAGCCCUGGUCUCCGAGGUCUUCUGACGGACAGUCCUGCAGCUACAGUUUUGGCUGAGGCCCGCAGAGCCACUGAGAGUCCCCGGCUAGGUGGGCCGUUGCCUGUGGUGGCUAUCAGCCUGAGUGAAUAUCCAUCUUCCGGUGCCCGAAGCCAACCCACCAGUAUUCCUGGCAGCCCCAAGUUCCAGUCUCCAGUGCCUGCUCCCCGAAACAAGAUCGGCACACUCCAGGACCGCCCUCCCAGUCCUUUCCGUGAGCCCCCAGGCGCAGAGCGGGUACUAACAACCAGCCCCUCUCGACAGCUGGUGGGCAGAACAUUUUCAGACGGGUCAGCAGCUCGUACACUCCAGCCACCUGAGAGUCCCCGCUUGGGCCGCCGGGGCCUGGACAGUAUGCGGGAACUGCCCCCAUUGAGUCCAUCUCUAUCUCGAAGGGCUCUGUCCCCACUGCCAGCCCGGACUGCCCCAGAUCCCAAGCUAAGCAGGGAAGUGGCAGAGAGCCCCCGGCCCCGGCGCUGGGCAGCCCAUGGGACUUCACCUGAGGACUUCUCCCUGACUCUAGGAGCACGGGGCCGCAGGACCCGGAGUCCCUCGCCUACACUCGGGGAGUCCCUGGCACCUCGCAAGGGCAGCUUCAGUGGCAGGCUGAGCCCAGCCUACAGUCUGGGCUCUCUCACUGGGGCUUCACCUCGUCAGAGCCCCCGUGCUCAAAGAAAGCUUUCCAGUGGGGACCUGCGGGUACCCAUCCCAAGGGAGAGGAAAAAUAGCAUCACAGAGAUCAGUGACAACGAGGACGAUCUCCUGGAGUACCACCGUAGGCAGCGCCAAGAGCGGCUCCGGGAGCAGGAGAUGGAGAGGCUGGAACGCCAGCGUCUGGAGACUAUCCUGAACCUGUGUGCUGAGUACAGCCGAGCCGACGGGGGACCUGAGACUGGGGAGUUGCCCAGUAUUGGAGAGGCCACAGCAGCGCUGGCAUUGGCAGGCAGGAGGCCCUCAAGAGGCUUGGCAGGAGCCAUAGUAGUCUCUGGAAGGAGCGGCGAGGAAUCUGGAGGUGCUUCCCAGCGCCUGUGGGAGAGCAUGGAGCGCUCUGAUGAAGAGAAUCUCAAAGAAGAAUGCAGCAGCACUGAGAGCACUCAGCAGGAGCAUGAAGAUGCUCCUGGCUCAAAGCUCCAAGGAGAAGUGCUGGCUGUGGAAGAAGAGCGGGCUCAGGUUCUGGGGCGUGUAGAACAGCUGAAGGUCCGAGUGAAGGAACUGGAACAGCAGCUGCAGGAGGCAGCCCGAGAGGCUGAAAUGGAGAGGGCACUGCUGCAGGGGGAGAGGGAGGCGGAGCGAGCGCUGCUGCAGAAGGAACAAAGGGCAGUGGACCAGCUGCAGGAGAAGUUGGUGGCCUUGGAGACAGGCAUCCAGAAGGAGAGGGACAAGGAGAGGGCGGAGCUGGCCGCGGGACGGAGGCACCUGGAGGCCCGCCAGGCGCUCUACGCCGAGCUCCAGACGCAGCUCGAUAACUGCCCCGAGUCAGUGCGGGAACAGUUACAGGAGCAGCUGAGAAGGGAGGCAGACGCUCUAGAGACUGAGACAAAGCUCUUUGAGGACCUGGAGUUCCAGCAGCUGGAGCGCGAGAGUCGCGUGGAGGAGGAGCGGGAGCUGGCCGGCCAGGGGCUGCUCCGGAGCAAGGCAGAGUUACUGCGCAGCGUGAGCAAGAGGAAGGAGCGCCUAGCUGUACUGGACAGUCAGGCUGGGCAGAUCCGGGCCCAAGCAGUACAGGAGUCAGAGCGUCUGGCCCGGGAAAAGAAUGCCGCCCUGCAGCUACUGCAGAAGGAGAAGGAGAAGCUGACCCUGCUUGAGAGGAGAUAUCAUUCGCUCACAGGUGGCAGGCCUUUCCCGAAGACCCCUUCCACCCUCAAAGAGGCUCAGCUUCUCAUCUCCGAGGCCUCAGAGACAGGACUGGAGACCAAAGCUCUGGGCCAGUCCCCAAGGUCUUCUGAGGCUGGGGCCUCCUCUGUUCCCUUAACCCCUCCUGCUUCCACUCAGCUCUGUCCCAAAGCACAAGAGUACGUGACGCUUGAGCAGCUAAGAGUGAUGUGGGGCACCCCACCCAUGCCCCCAAGCCCAUCGCCAGGCCUGCCUUCCUGGGCUUCUGCCUCCCAGGACUUGGUUCCCAUCACCCGUCUUCCUCCCAUGCUGCCCUCUUCCUUCGCUUCCAUCACGCCUUCGUCUAAGAUGGAGAAGCUGCUGCUCCCCGCUGUAGACUUAGAGCAGUGGUACCAGGAGUUGAUGGCCGGGCUGGGGACUGGCCUGGCUGCAGCCUCCCCUCGCUCCUCUCCCCCGCCUCUGCCUGCCAAAGCUUCCCGUCAGCUGCAGGUUUACCGCUCCAAGAUGGAUGGUGAUGCGGCCAGCCCCCUGCCCAGGACCCGUAGCGGCCCUCUCCCCUCCUCCUCAGGCUCCUCAUCCUCUUCUUCACAGCUCAGUGUGGCUACCCUGGGCCGUAGUCCUUCCCCAAAGAGUGCUCUGCUCUCCCAGAAUGGCACCAGUAGCCUUCCUCGAAACCUGGCAGCCACGCUGCAGGACAUUGAGACCAAGCGCCAGCUGGCCCUACAGCAAAAGGUCGAGUUACCUCCUGCCGAGCCCCUCCCACCCGAAGACCCAGCAGGACACCAGGUGAUUGAGGAGCAACGGCGGCGACUGGCGGAACUGAAGCAGAAGGCAGCAGCAGAGGCUCAGUGCCAGUGGGAUGCCUUGCAUGGUGCAGCGCCUUUUCCAGCAGGCCCCUCUGGCUUCCCUGCACUCAUGCAUCAUUCUAUCCUGCAUCACCUGCCAGCUGGCAGGGAGCGUGGAGAGGAGGGCGAACACGCUUAUGACACCCUGAGCCUGGAGAGUUCAGACAGCAUGGAGACCAGCAUCUCUACAGGGGGCAACUCCGCCUGCUCCCCUGACACCAUGUCCAGCGCCAGUGGUCUGGACAUGGGCAAGAUUGAGGAAAUGGAGAAGAUGCUAAAGGAAGCUCACGCCGAGAAGAGCCGGCUCAUGGAGUCCAGGGUGAGGCUGACUGGAGCCAGGAGGCAGCAGGUGGAGCGGGAGAUGGAGCUAAGGAGGCAGGCCCUGGAGGAGGAGCGGCGGCGGCGGGAGCAAGUAGAGAGGAGGCUGCAGAGUGAGAGCGCCCGCAGGCAGCAGCUGGUGGAGAAAGAAGUCAAGCUCCGGGAAAAGCAGUUCUCCCAGGCACGGCCUCUUACACGUUAUCUUCCCAACCGGAAGGAGGACUUUGACCUGAAGACCCACAUAGAGUCAUCAGGCCACGGGGUGGACACCUGCCUACAUGUGGUGCUUAGCAGCAAGGUCUGCCGUGGCUACCUGAUCAAGAUGGGUGGCAAGAUUAAAUCAUGGAAGAAGCGCUGGUUUGUCUUUGAUCGGCUGAAGCGCACCCUUUCCUAUUACGUGGACAAACAUGAGACGAAGCUGAAGGGGGUCAUCUACUUCCAGGCCAUUGAAGAAGUGUACUAUGACCACCUGCGCAGUGCAGCCAAGAGUCCGAAUCCGGCCCUCACCUUCUGUGUGAAGACCCAUGACCGGCUGUACUACAUGGUGGCCCCAUCUGCAGAGGCCAUGCGCAUCUGGAUGGAUGUCAUCGUCACGGGAGCUGAGGGCUACACUCAAUUCAUGAACUAACUACCAUGCACCUCCUGGGAUUCCCAGGUCAGCCCCAGAACUCUGUGCCCUGCCACCUGCUGCUCUGCUUGUCCCCGGAGACAGUGGCACAUUGGGCAUGGGCCGCAAAGGAUCAGGAUGUAGUUGAGUACCCCAGGGCUUUUGUGCAAGAAGACAAAUUGUUUUAUCAGGAGUUUGGUGCUUGGGAAUCGGGCUCUGGUCCCUAAAGAGCCAGCAGAGAGGAAAGGAAGAGGGAGAGGCCUUCGGUACUGGGAGUCCAGAAGUUCAGGUUCCCUCCUGGGUCCAGCAGGCUGAAGAGGCUGCUGAGCUGCGCUCUUGGCUCUGUCCUGGCACCCACCCACCCCAGCUUGCUUUCUCUUUGUAAAGGACAAAUUAUGGUACCAGAAUCUGCCAAAGAUCCCCUUCUCAUCUCAUCCCCUCUGCAGGGGCUUGGGGGGGGGGUCCUAAGCAGAGCCACAUGCAGAUCUGGGGAGCAGCUCAGGCCUGCACAUCCCACCCCUGGUCUGCCACCUCCUUCUCUCACCUCCCACUUGUCAUUACUCAGCUCAAGGACCAGAGACCUCAAGUGUCAUUCUCGAGGUCCAGCCCCAUCGUCAUGUUACAAGCCCGUCAUCCUUGUCUCCAUGGUGAUUGCUUCAUCUCCAUGGUUACACACUAAUUGCCAUGGCCACUCUGUGGCUCUGCCCACUGCUUCUACUGUGGGCCACAUGAGGGUACGCCAUCAUCUCUCCAACCCAGGCCUGGGGGCAUGUCACAUGGUAGGAGGAGAUGGAAUUCCUCCCAGCUGCAGUGUCUCCAGCCCCCAGCCCAGCCCUCUCCCUUUUACUGUGCCUUGCUUAGAGCCAGAAGGGAUGACGUCCGGGGAUCCAAGACCAGAGGAACAGCAUCACUGAGGGGAGAGGAAGCUAAGAGGUCUGCCCUCCCAUUCUGACAGGACUAGUUCCCCAUAAGGAACAAGGGUAGCGCAGAGUACCUGGAAAGAAGCCUGAGUUGGGGGUGGGGCGGGCAGAAGCAGAGGCCCUGAGCUGUGGUAAUCUCCCUUCAGUUUCCCAAAGGGAUGGGAAAGCAGAAUGGAGGAUCAAGUCUCCAGCUGGCUGGCCUCAGCCUUGCGCCUUAACACUAAGCCACCUUCCCUGCCCUCCCCAGCACUGGGCCCUUAGUUGCUGGGCCUGGCUGGGUGUUUUGCAGUAUUUGUAAGCAUUUCAGCAGAAUAAUAAAAGCAUUUUGACUAUGUG